UGGCAGAGGGGGUGGGGAACACUGAGUGGAGGGAUUGGCAAAGAGGGGUGGAGGACACUGAAAGGAGGCCAGUGGAAGGAUUUGCAGAGAGGGAUGGAGGACACUGAGUGGAGAGAGGGGUGGAGGACACUGAGUGGAGGCCAGUGCAGGGAUUGGCAGAGAGGGGUGGAGGACACUGAGCGGAGGCCAGUGGAGGGAUUGGCAGAGAGGGAUUGAGAACACUGAGUGGAGGCCAGAGGAGGGAUUGGCAGAGAGAGAUGGAGAACACUGAAUGG